CGCUUGGGCAGGAAGUUCCCGUUCUCGGGCGGGCCCAGCAGCUGCGCUGCAAUGCGAGGCGGGAGGGCGGGCGGAGGCGGCGGCGGCGGGGCCGAGGAGGAGGCGGCCCCUGAUCCGUUGCAGCCCGGCCCCGGGGAGGGAUUUAGCCGGAGCCUUGGCUGCUGCCCUGGCUGCUGCUCCGGAGCCAAGCUGCUCCCCUUCCCGGCCGCCCCGAUCUCCGGCUGCUCUCCAAGCGAGCGCCCCGAAAGCGCCGCCAAGGGCGCACGGACCUCUCCAAGGAGCCGGCGGUUGUUGCGCGCUAGGGCGCACCGUCGGGGCGCCUCUUCCCGCGGCUCGCUGGCGGCUGCGAGAGACGCAUGGCGCUGCUUUGGGGGGUCGGCGUACUUCUGGCUUCCUGCGCUCCCUUCGGGGUUGGCGGCUUUCUCCCCGGAGCGACGCCGGAGCGGCGCGAAGGCACUUCGAGAGCACGGAAGGACGAUGUUGGGACCCAGCGGCCAUGGGAUGACAGGACCUGUUCGUGGCCCAUCUCGCCAAUGAUCCUGCGAGGCGGGCAGCCCGUCAGCCUGAAGGAGACGGCGUUGGGGUCUCAGGGCUUCCCGGCUCGGCUGAGGGUUGCACUGGAGGUCGAGGGAGAUCGCCUUCUCCUGGACUUGGUACAGAAUCGGGAGCUGCUGGCAGGCACCCAAGGACUCGUCUAUUACCUUUCCAACGGGGAGAGGGCGACGCAUCCGACAAGCACAGAGGGCAAUUGCUGCUAUCGAGGCAAGAUCCAGGGCUACCGAGACUCCUGGGCCAAUGUCUGCGUUUGCUCUGGACUAAGUGGUCUCCUGGUUGUGUCCAGCGACAGGAGCUACAGCCUGGAGUCCAGAGCAGAAGAGGAUCAGGGUACGAGGGCCUACAGACUUGAGUCGGUCAGGCAAGAGACGGGGGAAUGCGUGCUGGUCUCUCUGUCCCGGGGACAGUUCCACCCGAGGCCACAGCCCGAGCGCAGCUGGCUACAAAGGGCGAAGCGCGAGGUGGAGCCUGAACGUGGAUUCGUGGAGCUAGUGAUGGUGGCCGACCAGGCAGAGUUCGAGCUGAACCCCGACCUUAACUGGACGCAAACACGGAUGCUGGAGAUCGCCAGCCACAUGGACGGGUUUUACCGGACGGUGGGUCUGCGGGUGGCUCUCGUCGGCCUCGAAGUCUGGAACAAGGGGAACCGCGUUUCUGUGGACGGUUCCCCACGGGCAGUUCUGGAGCGGCUCCUGCGGUGGAGGCAGGAGGAGCUGCUUCCUCGGAUCCCACACGACAGCGUCCAGCUUAUCAUGGGAUCUCCAUUCACCGGGGGCUCAAUAGGAACGGCCACGCAGGGUUCGAUUUGCUCCCAUCGCUCUGGCGGGGUCAGCAUGGACCACUCGGUCAGCCCCUUGAUGAUUGCCUCAACUCUUUCGCACCAGCUAGGCCACAACCUGGGCCUUGACCACGAUGGCGCUGGCUGCAGCUGUGACGGCUCUGGCCCUAACUUUCCCCCUGGUCGCAGCUGCAUCAUGGAGCCACUGACGGGCAUCAUGCCCGGUUUAACCUUCAGCAGCUGCAGCCACCGGAAGCUCCAGCAGAUCCUGCAGAGCGACCGGGUGUGGUGCCUCCUGGACGUGCCGGAUCCAGGGCGCCUGGUGGAUUCUCGCUGUGGGAACUUCCUUGUGGAGGACAAGGAGGAGUGCGAUUGCGGCCUCCUGGUGGAGUGUACAGACCCAUGUUGCAAUGCGAGCUCAUGCAAGCUGAUGCCCGGAGCCCAGUGCGCCACAGGGGGAGCCUGUUGCCACGAGUGCAAGCUCCGCAGUGCAGGAUUUCUCUGCCGGGAAGCCCAGAAUGAAUGCGACCUCCCUGAAUACUGUGACGGUACCUCCCCGCGUUGCCGGGCCAAUGUCCACAAGCAAGAUGGGACGCCGUGUGGGGACGAGAAGGCCGUCUGCUAUGGCGGGGUUUGCCCCAAUUACUUGAGUCAGUGCCAAGAACUUUGGGGCCCAGGUUCGGUCCCUGUCUCGGACGCCUGUGUGGCCUCUUUGAAUGGCAGAGGUGACCUAGAAGGGAACUGUGGUCAGCAAGCCGAUGGUUCCUAUUUGCCGUGUUCAGAGAAGGACGCCUUGUGUGGGCGGCUGCAGUGCCAACCCAGCAGUACCAAUGCUAGAAAACAGAACAGAACGACCAGGGCUCCCGAAUGCCCACAUCACACCCCGACUCCUGUUGAUGACAUCCUGGAUCUGGCCAUGGUGUUGCCCGGCACAGGUUGUGGGGCUGGCAAGGUGUGUGUUGACCAACGGUGUCGAGAGCUCUCCUCGCUCAAGCUGCCAGCAUGCCAGUGCAACAGCCAUGGGGUAUGUAACAGCAAAGGACACUGCCAUUGUCAGUCUGGCUGGGCUCCUCCGAACUGCCUGAGCAGUGGGUCGGGGGGCAGCAUAGACAGCGGAUCAGCUGCUAUGGAGUCAAGGGGCAGCGUCACCUCGACCGCCUUAGUGCUGACGGCACUCUUGCUCGUCUUGGUCCUCUGCCUCGGGAUCUGCUGCACCAAGCGGGUCCACAAGCGCCUCUGGCAGAUCGGCAAGGGCACCAGCUGUCAGUACAGCACUGAGGCAGAGUCCCGGGUGCGAUUCAUCCGCCCAGCUGAACAAAGAGGGAUCACGCACCCUGAGCCUCGGACUUACAGCCAAGCCCCCCCAGGGCGCCCCCGCCCCCCACAGUUCAGGCAGAACACUGAGCUCCAGCUCAUGCCGACUUCUAAGCCUGCUGCCCCCGAUGCCUCUCGACCUGACCCACCAUCCAAGCCUCUUCCGCCUGACCCGAUCCCAAAGGGUCAACAGCAUGUCUUGUCUGUUGCUGUACCUCCUCUUUCUGCCCAGGCCUCGGUCCAGGACAGGCCAGCGCCCCCAACGCGCCCAUUGCCUGCUGACCCCAUUCCUAAAGAUGCUCAGCCCCCUGCCAAGCCUCCGCCACCCCAGAAACCGCUCCCUUCGGAUCCCCCCCGGGCCGAACUCUGCGCUGUUCCCAACUAUGACCCUCGGGUCCAGAUGCUGCCAUCGAGGCCAGCUCCUCCUCCUCCUCCUCCCGUGGUGUCCGGCCCGUCAUUACACAUCCACAAUAUCUAACCCGGGCCAGGCCCGGUCCACGGACUCUUCUUGCGGCGCCCCUCUCUGGCCGAAACUGGCGAAGAGGACGACAACCCCAGCCCCUUCCUGGCACUCGCUUCGCUGGCUGCUUCGGAUUUACAGGAGGGCGGCUUUGCACCCUUGCGAAGGCAGGGCUGUGUUUCGUUUUGUUUCCCCCCCUUUGCCCAGAAGUCGCACUCCUAGCUUGGCUGGAAACCUCCGCCAUUUUGGCGCCAUUUUGGCUCCAAAGUCCCUGCUUUUGGUUUCGGAACCUGGACACAAGGAACUGUGGGGGGAAAGGGAACAAGUCUUUGCACUGGUGAAAAAGGAGGGCGAAGGUGUGUGUAUGUGUGUGUGAGAGAGAACAUGUGUGUGUGUGUGUGUGUGUGUUUAUGAGGGAUGUCAUUCCCUAAGGGAAUCCUCCCCUCAGGAAUCUUGCCUGGAAAUUGCCCCUUUCUUUUCUUCGUAAUAAAAACGGACUGGUUCCACUUA